GGAUUGGAGGCAGUGGCCUAGAUGUGUGAAACGCCAGGGGUUGUUUUUUUGGUUCACUGGUUGACUACCAGGGGGCAACUCAGUAGUGGACCAAAUAUUAUGGGGAUGUUCUCAACCACAAAACUGAAACAAAAGUUGUGAAACUCUAAGUUUGUCAGUUUUUAAAUUACAUGUACACCUAAUGAACUUUUGUUUUGGAGGCAAGCGUCACUGGCCAAUAUUUUGGUGUGAGCUGCGCGCAGGGAACAUGUUAUGAUUAUAGGUGGAACAUGUAGACUGAGACAUUGACAAAGAGGCUACAACUAUUAUUUUCCCGGACGGUCAGCGCAGCAUUCCGCUUGACUGAUAGCGAUGGCCUUGGAGGCAGACAGCGACAGAGGUUCAUCAAGAGGCGCUCAUGAAAAAUAUCCCCGGGCGGCGUUGGAGCGCAACGGCUACGUGAAGACAUGUGUCACCCCGUUGUACCAGGACGCAGGGAGUCAGUCGUGGCUGAGUCUCGCCGUGACAUGGACUUGCCGAAGAGUGUCGUCUGCGGUCUGCGUUGCCUCAGUCUCCGUUAUUCUCGCUCUGCUGCUCAGAUUGGUCGACUGGGAUGCAGGCUGCAGCAGCAGCAGCAGCAGCAGCAACGGAAAUAGCAACGACUCCUACGGCUCUCGUCUUCAUUUCGCGGCGGGCUGUGUUGUGGAGCUGCUUCUCACAACGUGUUACUGCGUCUCUCCCGUUUUUACACUCGUAUGUGCCUUCUUCUGGAUCGGGUUGUAUCUGAUUCGCUGCGGGGUACUCAUCCGUACCGCGUUCUUUUUGUUAGCAGUGUGCCACUUGGGCGAAGCUGCGGCGCAGUCCCUCCUGAGUGGAGCAGAGGAGCAGCUGCUGUCCCUCUCCGCAACCCUGGUAGUCCUCGGCUGUCUGGGCAGCGGGGCUCUGCUGGUCGUCCGGCUGCGUCAGGGAGUGUCCAUCCUUGUCUUCAUUAGCGUCAUCAGGGCCGUCUCGCUCGUCUCUCUGAUCAGAGUCCGGGCCAGCUGGAGACCCUACCUGGCCUACCUGUUGGGGCUGCUGGGGGUUUUGCUUGCGAGGUAUGCUGACCGGCUCCUGCCGGCCUCAGGGACCAGCGGGACGGGGUGCUGUGGCUCUGUGACCGGGGCGAAGGAGGAGGACAUCCCUGUCUUCAAAAGGAGACGGAGGUCCAGCUCCAUAGCGGCCUCGGAAAUGAUGGCUCAUAGUCAGAGCAACAGCAAGUCCCACCGCAGGACUUCGCUGCCGUGCAUUCCGCGGGACCAGAUUAUGUACCAGUCAGAGUGGGACUUCAAGAGAGCUCUGAGCAGAUCCCAGUCUUCGGGCACCAGUGUGGUAGUGGACAUUGCGGUGAUGGGUGAGGCCCACGGUUUAAUUUCAGACCUGCUGGCAGACCCCUCGCUGCCCCCUAACACCUGCAGCUCUCUGAAGGCCGUCAGGAACCUCCUCAGCACCCAAAUCAGCCUCCAGCCACUACACCGGCCUCGCGUCCCUGCAGACACACACACCUGCUCCGACUCAGAGGAGGGGACGGAAAAGACAGAAAGACUGGCCAUUCCAAAGCGUCUUAGACGGAGUCUGCCCCCGGGAUUGCUUAGGAGAAUCUCGUCAACUUGGACCACGACCACCUCAGCUACGGGGCUGCCUACCAUUGAGCCCGGCCCUCUACGCCGAGACCGCUCAGCCAGCAUCAAACACACCACAGAGAGUGACUCAUGGAACAACUCGGUGAUGAUGACCAUCUCAAAGAGUCGCUCCAUGUCUGCCUCCUGUGCCGCCUCCAAUCACCUCUACAGCAAACCACUGGGAAGACCAGGUUUCCCUCCCUCCAACCAGUCACCUCUGGGCUCUCCGUGCCCGUCUCCUCCCGUCCAGGGUACUCCUGUCUCCAGCCCCACUACAAAGACAUGUUUAGUGCAGCUUCCUGAGCCGGCUGGCCCCCUAACAGAGCGGACCCCUAGCUCUGUGGUCCCCAAGAGCCAACACAGAGCCUUAACUCACAGCCAGAGCGCACCGAGCUCCACCACCCCUCACUGGCGGCCUCCAUCACUCUGCAGCAGCUGUGGCAGGCCGUUCAGCAACCGAUUAAACCACGGGGUAGAAUCUGUUGACAAGGGAGACAGAAUACCCCAUCCAGAUGAGCGUGCCGUAGCCUCUUCUGACUAUGACAGCACCUACGACAGCACCUACGAGACCAACCACAGUGACAGCAGCGACUUUGCACAGAAUGAAGAGGAGGGAGAGGGAAGCAAGAAGCCGCCUGAAGCAAGGGAAGGUUGCAGGGAGUAUCUGGCAGAGGGCAUCAUUCUUCACCCACUCCUGCCAUCACCAGAGGACAAGCCAGUCUUGGCCCCGGAGCCCCUGAUGAUGCCAGAGCUGGAGCCUCUGAUGAGUCAGCUCAACAACUGGAACUUUCCCAUAUUCAGCCUCGUGGAGAAGACCCAUAAUGAGACAGGCUGCAUCCUCAGUCAGGUUUCCUAUCAGCUCUUUGAGGACACAGGUCUGUUUGAGACCUUUAAAAUUCCUGUAAAAGAGUUCAUGAACUACUUCCAUGCUUUGGAGAACGGAUACAGGGUCAUCCCUUAUCACAACAGGAUCCAUGCCACUGAUGUGCUGCAUGCUGUGUGGUACCUCACCACCCAGCCUGUGCCAGGCCUGCCCAUCCUUCUGACCGAAAAUGGGAUACACAAUGAUACAGAGAAUGGCAUUACGCCUGGCGCCUCAGGCUUCCUGGUUUCCAAGAUGAACUCUGUGCUGGAGGAAGGCUAUGGCUCCCUGGCUGGCCUUAUCCCUGGUCUGGAGCUCAUGGCCCUGUAUGUAGCUGCUGCCAUGCAUGACUAUGACCAUCCAGGACGAACUAACGCCUUUCUCGUAGCUACCAGUGCACCACAGGCUCUUCUAUACAAUGAUCGUUCAGUCUUGGAAAAUCACCAUGCAGCUUCAGCAUGGAACCUCUUCAUGUCUCGACCUGAGUAUAACUUCCUGGUUAACCUUGAACAUGUGGAGUUCAAGCGUUUCCGCUUCCUAGUCAUUGAAGCCAUCCUGGCCACCGACCUCAAAAAGCAUUUUGACUUCUUAGCAGAGUUUAAUGCAAAGGUGGGUGAUGAGGGAGUGUCCGGUAUUGAUUGGACCAAUGAAAACGACCGAUUGCUGGUGUGCCAAAUGUGCAUCAAGCUGGCUGAUGUCAAUGGACCGCUGAAGUGUAAGGAGCUGCACCUGCAGUGGACAGAGGGGAUCGUCAACGAGUUCUAUGAACAAGGUGAUGAAGAAGCAAGCCUUGGCCUUCCCAUCAGCCCAUUCAUGGACCGGUCUGCUCCGCAGCUCGCUAAACUACAGGAAUCCUUCAUCACUCACAUAGUGGGUCCUCUGUGCUCUUCCUACAACUCUGCUGCUCUUAUGCCGGGACGCUGGGUUGACCCACCUGAAGGAGACACGGAGCCAGAGGAGACGAAGGAAGGACAAGACACCGAGGAGGAGGAUAUGGUGGAUGAGGACACAUCAAGAAGCUCUGACGACUCCCAGCGACAAGAAACCAAGAAGGUGAGCAGGAGGAAAGUGUUUUGCCAGAUCACACAGCAUCUUCUGGAAAACCAUGAAAUGUGGAAGAGAAUUCUUACCAUGGAAGUCGAGGAGGAGACCCAGAAAGAAGACCCGAACUGCAUCAGCUGCCCCACCGAUCCAAUCACAGCCAUUCAUGAGGAAGAGGAGGAGCAAGCAAGCAAAGAGGAGGAGUCGACUGGUGGCCUUGAUGAAAGGGAAGUGGAGCCGGCUAUAGAGGGAGAGGAUAUCCUUCUGCAAUCAGAGACUUCAGGGGAAAAAGAUGGGGACCCAGAGUGAUAUUAUUAACUUUGACAUCCUCUUAAACCAGGAAUCUGAACAUUGUCUAAAAAUGUUUGUUUCUUUCCUAACUAAACUCUUGAUAUGGUAGCCAGCACAUCACUUUGACACAACACUGUAGAAGAAGUUUUGGGUAAUACGUGCCUAACAAAAACUGGGUCUGAGGACAGGGAUGAUGCAUGCCCAGUUCAACUGACAAGGGGAGAGAGGCUAGAUGAGCAAAAGAUGAAGUGACUGAGGCGUGAAUAAGAAGAUGAAAAAGAAAAAGAGGAUGAUUGCGACCGUAUUUGUUUUCAUUGUAGUGUUUGUUUUUGUCUGGAUCUGGUGCCCUGCCAUCACCCAGGCUGUCCAUCCUGCUCUAUGGACCAACCAAGCUGAUUCACAGAUUUCACUCUACCUGUGAGUAAUAUACCCCUUCUUGUUGCUUGCAAGCUAUCAUCACACUGUGGAGCAGCCCAGCUGGUUGAGGAUGUGCAACAAGCCCCUUCUCCUUCAAGACAAUGGGAUAAAAGCCAGGGAAAAGGCUGUGUCCACUGAGGCUCAGCUAUGGGGAUUUCAGAGGGAGACAAGAAAACGAGCCAGCUGUAGUACAUUGUGUAUACAGAUACACACCCAUAAGCUUCAGACACACACACACAGAACAGUGCAGCAGAAACACAAUCCAUACUCGCAAUAGAGAGGAAGUUUAACAAAGAUCCCUGUUGCUGUAAAAGCUUUAUUCCCACUCAAGGAAAAACAUAAAAGACAAGGUUGUGUUCAUGUCAAACUAACUUUGACCUUUGUCACAUGUCGUUUCCGUGUCUCUUGUUACUCACAGCCAGUCCAGCACAACUAUCACUUUCCAGGCCACACAACUCAGGAAGGUAGAAACCCACAGAAAAAAAAAAACGAUCUUUCCUUUGACUUUCCACUUGUUAAGAGUUUCUGUCUGUGCUGUUGUAGAUGCUGUUAAUUUACAGUUAAGAUAUCCACAGAGACAUGUGGUAAAUCACAAAGGGAACUACACGGUCAUUGAUCACACUAUAGUGUACACUUUUCCUUUUGCCUGCUUGUCAGCCUUCUGAUUGGGUCCUUUAUUAUAACACAAGUCGUAAGUGUGAUCAUGUUAAAACUAAUUUAUAAGACACAAAACCAGAUAAUAAGGUAAUGUGUUUUGCUUAGUAAACAUAUGCCCACAGUUCAUGUCACUUCCCAAUGUGUUUGCUUAAAAUUUACAGUAAUAUACUUAGUAAUAACAAGAAUUCUUUCUUCUUUGCAAUAUAAUUUAUAGCCUGGUAUGUAGGUCAAAUGUUUCAGAAAGUAAAGUAAUCCAGUAAGCCAUAGUGGCCUGAGCUGAGAGCUGACUCACAGCUCCAAAUCACCCACAAGGAUUUACGUCAAUAAGACAUUAAAAAAAAAAAUCUGCCCUCUAGAUCCUAUUACUGUCCGGGGGUUGCUCCAUGACCACAGGAAACUCAGUCACAAUCAAAUCAUUCAGUUUUUGGAAAUUAAUGUGGAAAAAAAUAAGAAGAAGAAGAACCAUUUCUGAGUUGGAUACCCCACUUUCUAAAGUGAGAGUGCAAACCUAAUCUCUGAUCUGUGACACUGUCAGGGGUUUUUUUUCUUUUUUUUUUUUUGUAUAUCCUCAAUGAGAGCAAACAAAAAAGGCAGAAUGAAGGAUGUAAGACAAAACACAGAUGAGGAGAAAAAUGUGCUUUGACGAAACACUGUCAUGUGUCAGCUUAAUGUCUUUUUAAAGAUAUAUGUUGGCCAAAAAUGCAACAGAAAUCUGAUCACAGGCCAGCAGAGUCACCACACCUCUCAUUUUUUCUCUCUCUAUCUGUAACCCUUAGAGAUGAUGUAGCGUAUGGCUUAACAUGUCGGUGCUCUCCUUUGAUGUCCUUGGAGAUUCAGAUCGGUGGUGAUGAAGGGAACCGCCUUAGUAAUGAGGCAUAGUAAUUAAAAAGGAAGGAGGAGAGGGAGAAGCCUUUUAGCUUGACUUGUAGCUGCUUAUGAAGGGUUAGAAAGGUUUCACAUAUUUUUUCACAUUUCAGCAAAUUCCUCAAGAUGUAACUCUUUGAAGAUGAACCAAUUCAGUUGGACUCAAGAUCACGUGUAGAUCUAUGUUUCCAGUGCAUUAUAGAGAUGCACAGUACAGUGUAUUUCAUCUGACGCCAGAAAAGCAAUAGGGGUACUCUUUCAGACCUAGAUUUAAGGAUGCUUUGUGUUUUCACUUAACAAUCAUACCUUGUGUUAAAACUGCAAAGAGAACACAAGGGCACAUUUUUAGUACAAUUGAAAGUAUUCCUUGCAUUUUGACCACACUUUUUAUUUGGCUGACAGUGAGGGCAGGCUCAAGAAGUGAGGUAGACGUGGACAGUUAAACAAACAGAGUGGCGAGUGAGAGUGAGAUUGUUGGGGUAUCAGCAUUGGUAAUCGGGCUUCAGCUCUGUAGCGGGUAGGGAAUUUGCAACAUAUCAGCAGCAGAAUCCCUCAAUGAUUAGUUGGUGUCCACAUGGGAUGACACAAAAUGCUCAUGAGUGUUGGGUUUUGUUGAGAGUCUGUAAAAAUCCUGAGACAAUAUAGCAGACAAACAAUUUUUAAAGCCAUGCAAGUUGCAAGUGGAGGUGAGUUCCCAGGAAAGGGUCAGUUGCUGUGAUCAUUACCUGAAAUGACGGCGGAGAGGAACAGCAAAACUGGCACAAACACAGCAAUCAAAAAAAAAAAAAAAAAUCCAUCAUCCAAAGUUCCAAAACACUUUAUGCAACCGGGUCCAUUAGACAUUAUUCACAGAUGAUGAUGGA